AUGUGGAGCUGGUUCUGGGUCUGCUCAUGCAUGCUGAGUCUGGGUGUUCUGACCCGGGCUCUGGAGCUGGAGGAGCUGUUUGAGUUCGGAGAAGAAGCCGGAGACCAGAGCCUGCAGCCCGGGUCCGACUCCACCGCAGAGCUGCCUCUGAACGGGUCUCUGUUCUUCUUCAGCGACACCUUCGACACAGUUUAUAUUAACACAAAUGGGUUUGUGUCCGUUGUCGAGCCCCCGGCGGAGGAUGAGUACCUGGGGAAGAUGCCCGCCAGUUUCAAAAUGAUGGCAGCCCUACUGGGAGACCUGGAUGACAGUGACGGAGAGGGCAAGGUCCACUUCAGGUGGGACAGCAGCCCGGAUAUACUGAGUAAAGCCGCGGAGCACGUCAGGCGAGCUUUCCCCAGAGACGAUGAAGAGGAGCCCACCACCGUCCUCAUCGUCACCUGGGAGAACAUGGCCGCCAGGGGAGUGUCUGGACGAGGAGACAGACUGGACACAAAGAGAAACACUUUCCAGCUGGUUGUGGCCUCCAUGGCGACGUCCACCUGCGCCAUCCUCUUGUAUCCACGAAGCGGCCUGCAGUUUUUCUCCACGUCAGUAGGGGGCGAGAGCAAGCUCCUCGAGGCUGGCUUCAACGAAGGCCUUGUGCAGAGUUGGCUCUGGAGCCAAACACAGGGGACUUACUUCCGCACCACCACCAAUGAAGAGACCUCCAUCAGGGAACUCACAGAAGAGACGAACUCGGGACAGAAGGGAGUUUGGGUGUACGAGAUCGGCUCCUCGCCUUUCUUUGUCGCCAUUACACCAGGAAUGGUCCCUAGCCUUCCUGAGGAGGAGGAGGAGGAGGAGGAGGAGGAGGAGGAUGCCACCACAACUCCUGUACCAGAAGGAAAAGAGGAGUUCCCAACUGAGACUCCCUCCGAGUACCAACCCAGUUACCCAGAAGCUGAGACCAUCACGCCAUGGUACCCCGAAACGGAGACUGAAGAUUAUGGAGGCCAGUUUGAGCCGGAAUACCCUGAAUCUGAGACUGUCACACCAACAUACACCGACCCUGAGAGGGCUCAACCAAGAUACCCUUCUGAGCCGAGAUACCCGGACCCUUCUGAGCCGAGAUACCCGGACCCUUCUGAGCCAAGAAACCCUGAACGAACGGAGACCAGAAACCCUUCUGAGCCGAGAUACCCUGACCAAACGGAGACCAGAAACCCUUCUGAGCCGAGAUACCCUGACCAAACGGAGACCAGAAACCCUUCUGAGCCGAGAUACCCUGACCAAACGGAGACCAGAUACCCUUCUGAGCCGAGAUACCCUGAGCAAACGGAGACCAGAUACCCCGUCUCUGAGCCUUUGCAACCAAGAUACACAGUCCCUGAAACCAAUGAGCCAAGGUACUCUCCAGUCGAGCCAAAGUACCCUGAUCCAGUCCAACCAGUGCCCCCAUAUUCUCGGCCCCAGCAACCCCAGAUCGUCGUGGUAGACGAAGAUGAAGAUCUCGAUGUGACCGUUUUCGCAUACAAUUCGGAGACGUGCGCCCACAACAGGAACAAAUGCUCAGCUUUUGCUGAUUGUCGGGAUUACAGUAACGGGUACUGCUGCCAUUGUAGGCCUGGCUUCUAUGGUAACGGGAAGGACUGUGUUGCAGAAGGAAAACCACAGAGAAUGAAUGGAAAGGUGAGCGGUCGAGUGUUCGUUGGAAACUCCCCUUCCCCUUUUGAGCUCAGUAACAAUGACUUGCACUCGUACGUGGUAGUCAACGACGGACGGGCCUCCGUGGCCAUCAGCAACAUCCCUGACGACCUGGGGCCCGCCCUGCUGCCACUGUCCUCCCUUGGCGGAGUCAUUGGCUGGGCCUUUGCCCUGGAGCAGCCCGGCUACCAGAACGGCUUUGGUCUCAUUGGCGGCAUGUUUUCCCGGCAGGCAGAGGUGAUCUUCCAUCCCGGCAACGAGCGUCUGAGCAUCAUGCAACAGUUUAAAGGGAUCGACGAACACGACCACCUGGUGGUGAGCACCGAGCUGAAUGGGCGUGUGCCCGCCGUCCCGCUGGGAUCCUCCGUGGAGAUCAACCCAUACAAGGAGAUCUACCAGUACGACAGAAACUUGAUCACUUCCUCCUCCAGCCGUGACUACACCGUCACCUCCCCCGAUGGCGACGUCCAGACCAGAAGCUACCAAUUGCGACAGACCAUCACCUUCCAGAGCUGCCCACACGACGAGGCCUCUGGGACGAGGCCGUCUACUCAGCAGCUCAGCGUGGACCACAUCUUUGUGAUGUUCGAAGCCCACAACCAUCUGAUCCGCUACGCCAUGAGCAACAAGAUCGGCUCUGUCCACGGCAAUGUUCCAGAGCAGAACCCAUGUUUCACCGGCAGACACGGCUGUGACAUCAACGCCAUGUGCCGACCAGCCGAUGGCCUCCAGUUCACCUGCGAAUGUGCGACUGGUUUCACUGGAGACGGACGCUACUGCCACGAUACUGAUGAGUGCAGGGAGACUCCUCAGAUCUGUGGAUCCAACGCCGUCUGCAAUAAUCAGCCCGGAACUUUCCGCUGUGAGUGUUCGACCGGCUUCGUGUUCGCCAGCGAUGGAAAGACCUGCAUCGAGGAGAACCGGCCGGUGGAUCACUGUCAGAGAGGAAGCCAUCACUGUGAUGCUCCUGAUAGAGCUCUCUGCAGCUACACCGGAGGAUCGGCCUUCGUCUGCUCCUGUCUGCCCGGGUUCGUGGGUGACGGUCGGGUGUGUCACGACGUAGACGAGUGUCAGCAGGGUCGAUGCCACCGUGACUCCUUCUGCACCAACACGCAAGGCUCCUACACCUGCCAGUGCCAACCCGGUUUCCAUGGCGACGGCUUCCAAUGCAGCCCCACAUCCUCAGAGCCCGAGAAGACCCUUUGUGAGCUUCACAGAGAAAGAGCCCAGACGGCCACCUCCGGCUCCGGUAUCUUGUCUUACUUCCGUCCUCGGCCAUCCGUCGGUCAGUACGUCCCUCAGUGUGACCAACGCGGAGCCUACGAGUCCACGCAGUGUCACACCAGCAUCGGACAGUGCUGGUGCGUGGACGCCAACGGCCAGGAGAUCCCCAACACCCGCACAGGACCCGGCAGCACCCCUCUGUGUAUCGACCAGGCAGUGACUCCCACUCCGGGGGGUCCGACCCCGCGCACUGACGUUCACCCCGUCCCUCCAGGAACACACCUGCUGUUCGCUCAGAGCGGGAAGAUCGAACAAGUACCUCUGGAUGGAUACAACAUCAAAAAGGAGGAGGCCAAACCUCUGCUGCACAUCCCAGACCGGGUGGUGAUCGCCGUGGCUUAUGACUGUGUGGAGAAGAUGGUUUACUGGACCGACAUCACCGGGCCGGCUAUCAGCAGGGCUCGUCUGAGUGGAGGAGACGUCAUCCCGGUCGUCACUACAGAGCUCCAGAGUCCUGAGGGCAUCGCCAUCGACCACGUGGCCCGCCUCCUCUUCUGGACCGACUCCAUGCGAGAUACCGUGGAGGUUUCCAAACUGGACGGCAGCCAGCGGCGAGUCCUGUUUGACACCGACCUGAUCAACCCUCGACCCAUCGUCACCAACCCGGCGUACGGGCAGCUGUACUGGGCAGACUGGAACAGAGACGGGCCCAAAAUUGAGAUGUCCAACAUGGACGGGACCGAUCGAACCGUCCUGGUGAAAGACGACUUGGCCCUCCCCAACGGUCUGACCUUUGACCUCGAGGAACAGCAGCUGUGCUGGGCCGACGCAGGAACUCGUAAGGUGGAGUGUAUGGAUCCUCACCGCAGGCUGAGGAGGCAGAUCGUUGAAGGGAUCCAGUAUCCCUUUGCUCUCGUCUCCUUUGGAAAGAACCUUUACUACACCGACUGGAGGAGGGAGGCGGUGGUCGCUGUGGACCGUCACUCAGAGAAAGAGACGGAAGAGUUUCUGCCACAGAAACGCUCUCGGCUGUACGGCAUCACCACGACAACGACACAAUGUCAACAAGCCUACAACUACUGCUCCAACAACGGCGGCUGUUCUCACCUGUGCCUGCCGCGGCUCGGCGGCUCCACCUGCCGUUGCCCGGACGCCGAUGACGGGCGGUGCGUGGAGAGGAACCUGUGAGGUCUGCAGAGCGACAAUAACACUGCUGCUGCUGCUCGGAGAGAAAAAACAAAACACACUUAACUCAAAUUGGUGUUUUUCUACAUUUCGUUACUUGAAUUGAACAU